GAAUAGCAAUAUAAAUUCGUAAACGCAUAGCUCAAUUGGUAGAGCAUUUACCUUCUAAGUAAGAGGUUGUAGGUUCAAGUCCUACUGGGUUUAUAACAAUUAAUCAAUGACGCAACCAACAUAUCAUCCUUAUCAUUUAGUAGAGCUGAGCCUGUGGCCGUAUAUCGGUGCCUGUGGCGCAUUCUUUACUACAGUGGGCGGCGUAAUGUAUUUUCAUUAUAGCCAGACUUGGGGAUUAAUUCUUGGAUUAAUAACAAUUGUCCUUUCAAUGGUGAUUUGAUGGCGUGAUGUAAUUAGGGAGGCAACUUAUCAAGGCCAUCAUACGCUUAUAGUAAAACAAGGAUUAAAAUAUGGAAUGCUUUUGUUUAUAGUAUCUGAGGUAUGUUUAUUCUUUUCUUUCUUUUGGGCUUUUUUUCAUACUAGUAGUUUAGUACCAAUCAUCGAAAUAGGAGCAGUUUGACAGCCUAGGGGAAUAGAGCCCUUAGACCCUUUCUCAAUCCCGCUAUUAAACACUGCGAUUUUAGUAAGCUCAGGGGCAACAGUAACUUGAGCUCAUCACGGGAUCAUUAGCGGAAAAAGAAAAGAAGCUAUAGUAAGUUUAGCUUUAAAUAGCAUUUAA